AGUUGGAAUGGCUUCGGGGCCAAGGACGCUAUUGAGCUGUCUCUAGGUUCCGUGGUUCGGAUGCGGUAAUGCCUACGCGUGAAGGCGGCGCACGGUACCCCUGUGGGUUCCUCCUCUUUCCACGCGUUAUCGUGGAAUGUCGCAGAAACAGCGCAACGUGGUCGAUCAGUCCUGUCUCUCUUCCCCCGUGUGCUACGUAGAUGGAUGAUGGCAUUUCGCAGUGCGCCCGGGCCCCCGUCGCGAGGAGAAUCUUGAACCGGUAUCACACACAUGUAGUUCGUGCGAACCAAUCCCCCCCAACGAACGCUUAUAGAUACACCGAGACACGCAGAGACACGCAUGUGUAGGAAUGCUAGGCAAAAACAUGCAGUUGUAGGCCGAAGCUCAGCCUAAGUGUAGAGAGUUGGGUUUACCACGUUGGUAGCGUAUGUGAAAUUUGAUAUGAAGAUGGCCAUCCUACGAAGCGCAUCUAAGCUACCUGGGCUUCUUGGUUGGACGGAUGCUCCAACCUCUUUGUCUGUGCACUUGUGUUGAUAGCUCCCUCCUCUGCCUCCUCACAGUAGCGGUAUCUGGCUCUGGGACCAUAGGGGAAGGGAGGCUGCUGCCGCCGUAUCAGCUGAAAUCUGGAGUCCACGGGCGAGCCUCUCGAGCCGAUGCCAUAGAUGACCAUCCUAACGCCUGCAUUUGGGAAGGAGGUUCUUCCCAUUGGCGCCGGACUGUCGACUUAUUUGCAUGCGAGACCUCCAUUGGGCCAACCCAAUCUUACGCCCAGUCGCUCUGGUCGAUAGUCGACAGCGCCCAUUGGUACGGGUCGAGCCGGGUCAACUGUCAGCUGUCACAGACGCCGUGAUCAUUGCCUGUUCAACGGGAUUCUGGUCGACGAAGAGCACAUCUGGGAUGGCAUAUGGGAUGGCAUAAUUCUUCCCGUUCGGCGUCAGGACAGGUACUAAUCUGCGCGCGGUUACGCUAACAUGACCGGCGUCAAAGUUACGAGACUCGGGUGUCUACGCAAGGCUGGGGGGCGACAGGAGGGUAUCGGUGACGAUCUCAUGAUACCUGCCCGCAUGGUACGGGGCAAAAAGUAAGCUAGCCUCGCAUAGAAGGUGGGCAAGGUAGGUAGGUAGGUAAGUGUGGAGAGCGGCGGACCGCAGGUUGAGACGGGUAGGCACCAGUAUUAAAGGGUAGUCCCGUCUUCGUUGCAGGGUUCGAUGAUCGCAGAGGCCCGCGGGCAUCGGGAGACGCGCUCUGGGAUGAGCUCAUGUUAAGUGUGCAGUCCAGAUGAAUCCGAAGCAGGAGUUGAGGCAGCGAAUGAAAGCGAAAAUGCAGAGGAGGCGAUGAUAGUGCGAUUCCAGGCUGUCCUGUCGGGUUUCUUGAAAGGAGAAUCACGUCACUGGAAGGCGACGAGACCCCUGUAGGUAGGUUAUACCUGCUACAGGUAUUGGUUCUGUUACGUACAUGCCUACAUCAUUAGAGGUACCUACUACCUGGGUACCUGCCAGCCUCUACCCGGGUAAAAUGCUACCUCAGGUGCCUAGGUAGGUACCUCAUAGGCUCGAUGGCCUAAGGCGGG